GUUCAGCUAGCUUUGCUAACCGCAGGUGACAGCAGUUAGGGCGUCACUUUUCCCACUUUGGAGAAUCACUCUGUACACUUAACUCGACGCGUUCGGACGUGCGGAGAACCGACGACUCGCAUCGGUACCUCCACUAUACACUCGCAAUCGAAGAAGUUUCGGGCGGAACCCCACAAUUGAAAUUUGUAUAGAAAACUUUGUAUAAAAGCAACUCAAAUGAGACCUAAGAAUAGUAAAUAAAUAGAAGUCGCAUAGAAUAACCACUUCAAAACAAAUUGAAAAACAAACAACAGAACAGAUAUUGUUUAGUGUUUAAACUUGAAAAACCUCGAAAGUGAAACAAAUUCAAUUGAAACCAGGGUGACUUGAAUAAACAAAGUGUAGUGAAGCAUUAUUUAAUAUUUACGGACGGAACAUGUCAAGUGUGGAAACGGCGGAAGAAUUCAAGACGCGCUCUCAAAUCGAUCAGCCAGCGGAGACACAAUUCAAUGGCUCCACGGAAUUUAUACUCGUUACUGAUCAUAAAUCACCGAAGAAAGGCUGCAAUGUCGGCGACUUACUCGAGUCCGGCGUGAAGAAUGUCUUCCGCAAGAAGACACUCUACAAGCGCUUUCCGAUCUUGAGCUGGCUACCGCGUUAUACGCGCAGCGAUGCCAUCGGCGAUAUUAUAGCGGGCAUAACGGUCGGUUUAACGGUCAUACCGCAGGGUUUAGCCUACGCUGGCGUUGCUGGCUUGCCCACACAGUUCGGUCUCUAUGGCUCAUUUAUGGGAUGUUUCGUUUACGUACUACUUGGCACUUGUAAGGACAGCACAAUCGGUUCGACGGCCAUUGCAUCACUCAUGGUAUUCCAGUUCGCAAAUGGUAUUUGGCAACUCGCUGUCUUGCUUACCUUCCUCACCGGCAUCAUCGAGAUACUCAUGGCACUCUUUCGGCUGACUUUCAUCAUAGAAUUCGUAUCGGGUCCAGUGAGUGCGGGUUUCACAAGCGCUGUUGCACUGAUCAUCUCCACGUCUCAGAUCAAAAAUAUACUUGGCGUAAAGAAUGCGUCGGGUAAUACAUUUCUGGAGCGUUGGAUUAGCAUGAUUAAGGACAUUAAUAGCAUACGCGUGGCUGAUACUAUACUCGGUUGUUCUUGUGUUGCCAUUUUGAUUACAAUGCGUUAUGUAGGGCGUAUUAAAGUGGGUCCGAAAAGCGAUCGCAAAUGGCAUCAUGUACUCGCAACCAAAAUGCUGUGGUUCUUGGGCGUUUCGCGCAAUGCCAUUCUGGUGAUCGUCUGCGCCACAGUUUGCAUGUAUCUGGAGCAGCAGGGUACACAUUAUUUCAGACUAACGGGUUUCAUACCGGCGGGACUACCUGAGUUCGGUUUACCGCCCUUCUCUAUUGAGGGAACACCAGCGAAUUCCACAUCAGGAGCGCUGGCUGUUCCACCUAAGGAUUUCAUGGAUAUGGUGAGCGAAUUGGGUUUCGGUUUGAUCAUUGUGCCGCUCGUCGCUUUGUUGGAGAAUAUCGCCGUGUGCAAAGCCUUUGCUAAGGGACAGCCUAUCGACACAACUCAGGAGUUGCUCACCAUUGGCAUCGCAAAUAUAGCGAAUUCACUGUUCCAGGGCUAUCGCGCCAACGGCGGUCUCGCACGUUCGGCAGUCAAUAAUGCGAGUGGUGUACGCACUCCGUUAGGCAACUUUUACAUCGGUCUGAUUGUGAUAUUCGCUCUCAUUUUUUUGACCGAAUUCUUUUACUACAUUCCACAAGCUGUUCUAGCUGCAAUUAUCAUAUCGGCGGUGAUCUUUCAACUGCAAUAUCACGUGAUCUUGCCAAUGUGGCGCAGUAAACGUACGGAUUUAAUUCCCUGUUUUGUCGCAUUCAUUGCAUGCUUGGUUUUGCCUUUGGAGAUCGGCAUUCUAGUUGCGAUCGGUGUCAAUCUUCUAUUUAUUUUAUAUCACUCAGCAAGACCCAAAGUGCGCUUGGAGACAUUAGAGACCCAAGAUGGCAUCAAAUUCCUGCAGCUCACACCCGAUCGUUGCCUCAUCUUUCCUUCGGUUGAGUUUGUACGUAAUCUGGUGCUGAAGUUCGGCAAUAAGACCACACUACCGGUGGUCAUCGAUUGCACUUACAUCUAUGGUGCUGACUAUACUGCCGCCAAAGUAAUCUCUUCGCUGAUCGGAGACUUCAAACAACGCAACCAAAAAAUUAUUUUCUAUAAUCUAAAACCGAAUGUUGUGCAAAUCUUUGAGGGUCUCAAUAUUAAUUGCACGCUGUGUUACAACACAGACGCCCUGACACAGGCGCUGAGGGAGAAUCAAAAUGGUGGCGCGAUAAAACCUCCUCUGGGCCAUGAUGUCGAGGCUGGUAUAAAAAGUAGUAGCGAGACAUUGAACUCAGCACUUACUGCGGAAGCUUCGUGAAAGACGCGUACUGAUAAUUUAUGUAAAUAUAGAUGCUAGUUUUGUUGUAAAUUAUGUUCCUAUACAAAAAGAAAAAACGAUAAAAAAUAUAGAUUUAAAUUACUAGA